CGCCACAUGUGGGCCUGCCCACAUCCAGGCGCUCGAGCUCCCCGGUGGGGUUGCGCCCCCGGGCGGUGGCACCGCGGGUGGAGCGUUGGAGGAGAAGGAGGCGGAGAAGAAGUGAAGAAGCAGCAGCAGAAGAAGGAGCCGGCGGGGCCCUGGACGAGGCCCCGAGGGGUGCGGGAGUGACCUGGGGCCCGAGCCCUGGCUGCAGGCACGCCCCAUGCCAGCCUCCCAGCCCGAGCGGCACCCCGGCCCCUGCCCGCCGGCCCUCGGCGCGGGCCCUGCAGCCGUGGCCGAGCGCAGCGAGACCCCGACCUGAGCCGGCCUCGGCGCCGCCUCAGCGCGGGUGACAGCUCUCCGAGCAGCACCCCCGGAGGAUGGAAGAAAAAAGCAUGCUGUGUGACUUUGAAGAGGAGAACCUUACCAGUUCCAGGGAGGAGAGCACUGAAGGUGAUGUGAAGACAUUUUGGACACAAUUGGGAGGUAGAAGAGUGGAUGUCAUAUUUGAGCAGCUGCAAAAUGUGCUGUCCUUGCUGAAGGAAAAGAUCAAGAAUGGAACUGCAACAAACCAAGAAUGCUGGCAGGCUUGGGCACUGGUGAAUGAAGCUAAUCUAGGUGAUCUCUUAACUUUGGCAAAUGUAAGUGAUGAGUUGAAUGGAGAUGGUGCACAGGAAACCAAAUCCAAACUGCAGCCUCUUCUUCCAGAUGACAAUGCUGCAGACACUGUAAAAGCUUCAGACAGCGAAAGAGAGGACAUGGAAAGAACCUGCUCAGGGAAUAAGGAAGCAUCUAGCAAAAUUCAAGGUUUACCUUUAAAUGUACAGUAUCAGAACCACAAGUGCUCUAGUGCAUGUCUUGCUAACAGAGCAGUGGGUUCCUACAAAGGUGAAAAUCCUCUGAAGAUCCCAAUCCUGUUUGACUUCCAAAGACGCCAUGCAAAAGCAGACUGCCUUUCGAAGCCACUGGAUGUGAAUUACAAAGCUCCUUGUGGUCGGAGUCUGAGAAGCUUUCGAGAUGUGCGAAACUACUUGUUUGAAACAGAGUGCAAUUUCUUAUUUGUUGAUCACUUCUCCUUCAACACCUAUGUGCUGUUGGGCAGGAACACCAUGAAUCCCGAGCCCCUGGUGUUUGAGUUCGAUAUUAGCAACGGAGCCGAGUCUGUGCCCAUCUCCUUCUGUAACAAUCUCGACCACGCAAGAUUGCCUUAUUUCAAGUAUCGGAAGUCGUCAUGGCCUCGUGGAUAUUAUCUCAACAAUCUCUCCAGCCUGUUUGUUGAUUCCUGUGACUGCACAGAUGGCUGCAUCGAUAGGUCAAAAUGUGCAUGCCUACAGCUAACAGCAAGAGGGUGUAGUAAAAUUUCUCUGUCUCCAAGCAGUAAAAGAUCCCGUGGGUACCGUUACAAAAGACUGGAGGGACCUGUUCCUAGUGGGAUUUAUGAGUGUAGUGUGUUGUGCAGGUGUGACAAGCUGAUGUGUCAGAACAGAGUUGUACAGCAUGGCAUUCAAGUCAGGCUGCAAGUGUUCAACACAGAGAAGAAGGGCUGGGGUGUCCGCUGCCUGGAUGACAUCGACAAGGGGACAUUUGUUUGUACUUACUCAGGCAGAUUAAUGAGCAGAGCUGAAGUUUUGGGAGAUGCUGAGCAAGAACUGAAGGAGAAAAGUGCAGUGAAUGAUAGAGGCCAUGACUUUUCUUCCAAAAAAAGAAAACUUGACCUUGGUCGUUCAGACUCAGUGAUUGAACUAGUGCAGACUGACAAAAAUGACAUUCUUGAGAAUCAGGAUUCUUUGUCUCAGACUGUGGAUAAUGAAAAUAAAUCAACCCUGGUUCAUCAAAAGAACACAAGUAGUGCAGCUGUGAGAAGGCCUGGAACUAGAACACUUGUUUUUUGCAAUCACCAGCUAAAAAUGGUGCACAGUGCCAGCUCAGAUGAAGAUGAUAGUUCUCAGAUUCAUCAGCCAAGCAAAACAAAACUAACCAGUGGAACAAAGAAAGGAAAAGAAAAAUCCACCCAGCAGCAGAAGGAAGAACAUCUGAUGGACAUUGGACAGACUGACUCUGCUAGUGUAGAGAGUGUGGGAAGUGAAAGAAAGAGUCUGUCACUGCAGGGUGUUGAGUGUGGCAAGUCCAGUUUGCUGGAUGACACGUGUGUUGUGAGGCCAUCCAGCAAUGCACCCCUAAAAACUGACUGCAAAGAAAAUAGCAGGCAGCCAAAACAAGAUGCACUUUGUGAAGAGUCUGAGGAUGACGGGAUGUUUCCCAAGAACAUUAGUGAAGAAAAUAUUUAUGUACUGGAUGCCACAAAAGAAGGAAAUGUGGGUCGUUUUCUAAAUCACAGCUGCUGCCCAAAUCUCUUUGCACAAAGUGUGUUUGUAGAAACUCACAACAGAAGUUUUCCAUGGGUGGCAUUCUUCACAAACAGACAUGUGAAAGCUGGAACUGAACUCACCUGGGAUUAUGGUUAUGAAGCUGGAAGCAUGCCAGAGACAGAGAUUUCCUGUCACUGUGGAGUUCAGAAGUGCAGGAAAAAAACCUUACCCUCGGGAAAUGGCUGCCCGACGGCGACCCGCGGCAGUGCCGGGCACGGGUAUCGAACCAGGGUACCGGGCGGUGAUCUCGGCGCGCCCGCGGUGUUCCGGAUACGCCUUCCUUAUUAUGUGACCGGCGCCUCAGCGGCGCGCCUUCCCGCCAGCCACGCGAGCGCCGUAGCCAAUCAGCGCCUCGCAGGAGCCUCCUCAGCGGCGGUCCCAGGGCCCCGCUCUCCCCGCAGUGCCAGCGAGUGGACCCUGCUGGGGCUCGGGCUGGGCGGGGGCGCCGUGAGGCGGCACCGGGACCUCCGUGAGGGCGGCCCGGGGGACCCGGGAGGUAUCAGAAGGAAGUUCUUUGCUGGUGGGAGUGGUGAGGCACCGUCACGGGUUCCUCAGAAAAGCUGUGGGUAUGUGGUCUCUGGUGGUGUUCAGGGCCGGGCUGGAUGGAGCUCUGAGCUGCCCAGUCCAGCGAAGGCUGCCCUGUCCACGGCGGGAGAUUGGAACGAAAUGCUCUCAAGUGAGAGUUUUCCUGCUCUAGGUGCUUUCUGGAUAAUGGCGAAGAUGGUGAGAACAACAUGUGCGUUUUGUUCGGAAGGGGAGGCUGGCUCUGUGAUGUAUAUCGCCACAGAGAGAAAUAUUGCAGCUCAUCAGGAUUGUCUGUUAUUUUCCUCAGGAUUUGUGGAAUCUGAAGAUCAGAACCCAGAAAAUCUGGAAAUAAGGUUUGAUGUGUCAUCGGUGUUAAAGGAGCUCAGGAGAGGAAAGCGGCUGGCGUGCAACUUCUGCCACAAGAAGGGGGCCACGGUGGGCUGCGAGAAGCGCACGUGCCGCAGGAGCUACCACUUCUUCUGCGCGCUCUGCGACGAUGCAGCCGUGGAGACCGACGAGGUCAACGGCAUCUACAGAGUGUUCUGCCCAAAACAUGACCCGGGGAAUAGGACCAAUCGCCAUGAUGCAGCUAAUAAGAAAAGAAGACGUACAUUGACACCUCCCACCAUCACAGAAGAAAUGAGUACAGAAGAGACAGCAGAAGAAAACAGUUUACAAAUACUAAAAAGAAAAAACAACAGGCAUAAAGUUCGGAUAGACUUUGUUAAGAAGUGCAAACAAGCUGGGCUUCUGGAUGACAUAUUUGAAGAAAUGCUGGACACACUUCAUCUGGCUCAGGAAAAACUGAUGGAUGACAACACUUCAGAAACAGAGUAUGAAGAGACAGUGAUGGCACUGUUUGACUGUGGACUCUUUGAAAAUAUACUGACAAAUAUUUAUUCAGGAACAGAAGAAAAAAUCCAGAAACUUCUGGAAAACAGAAAAAGACUGGAUCACAAGAUUGAGCUACUGCAGGACUUAAAAGAAGUCAUCCUUCCUACUGCAGAGAACAUGGCCAGUACAUCCAGUACAGUGUCUGAAUAACCCCUCUCUGUGAUGGUGCAAUUGUUAGGAUUUUUAAUGAUAAAAACCAUAGACCAGUCUGGUCAGUGUCCAGUUCCCCAGCCCCAAGAUGAGGGCUGAAUGGGUGCAAGAAUGUGGUGUUAUUUUUAUACCUCACUGUUGCAGUAAAGUCCUUCAAGUUUUCAAAUUUUCCUCUUCAGAUUUUUCCUUGGUUCCACUAUAAAUUUUCACUUAUAUUCCAUUGUGCAAUAUAAAUGAGCAUUAUUAACUAAAUUUAGCUUUUGUAAAAACUCAACAGAACCCUCUAGGGAAGACUUUUUUCUCAAAGCCAGGGGAGUGUUCAGCUGCCACAGAACACUUGCUAAAUUCACUUAAACUGUGGGAGCCCUCUCCUGGCUGGGCAGUUGCUGCCUCGCUGUCUGCGUCUUGACAGUGAUGUUUGAAGGAUCAUAGUGCUGCUUUGGCUUUCCCAAAAAAGAUAAAUGAGCAGGACUUGCACUCAAAGAAGCCUUCUGGAUUACAAACAGGAGUUUAAUUAAAAAAGCCAAAUUAUUCUUUGUUGACCGGCCAAGGUGCACUGUUCCUGCUGUAAUGGCAGGGGUAGAGCAGUGGUUGCAGGCAGACGAGAAAGGGUUGGGCAUUAUACUCAGAACAAGUACAAUAUCAAAUGGAGCAAAACAGUGACUGGAUCUUCCUUUCUCUGUUAAGAAAGGAUUCAACUUUCAUGUGUUUUGUCUUUAAAAUAUUGUUUGAAUACAGAAAAGCAUUGUUUAGCCACAACAGGCUAAGUUAAUAAAACAUUUUUUAAAGGA